AUGAACUCCUUGGCUGUACCACCGCCUAAUCGCAGUCGUGCCUCCUCAACCAACAUACGUCCCGCACUCACCAUAAACACGUUGGGAAGGCGUCGUUCUUCUUCACUUAUUCUUCCUAUACAGCAAUCCGAACCAUCCACACCAUCUGUCGAUAUAUCACAUCUUGAACCCUCUCCUCAAAUACUUGCCUCACCCCAACCGGACCAAAAACAUUCCAUGUUCGCAGUGAUCGCUUCCAGUUUUUUAGAUCUCUUGCACGUGCCUACAACUCACUCUAUAAACUGGUCUACUCCUUCGUCUCCGCAGUCUACCGUGCAGGACGAAUUAGUCUUACCAAUAUCUGCAUCCUCACAGCAGACAACUUUCGCAGAUAUUCUUAACGACAACGAUGCACCUCGUACGCAUGCUCGUUGGUGGCGCCCUCCGUCGGUGCACGCUCCUAUACUGCUGGUGAUGCUGCUUUUCCCGCUAACAACGGCUGCCGUAUUGUUGUCCCUCUAUUCUUUACCCAUUUCCGUUGCUUUCCCGCGAACGUUACCCGAGCUUGCCGCGCUAGGCCGUGAGCUGCAUGCAUAUUCACAAAGUGGUCCGCUACAUUUAGCUCAUGUCAUCGGCGUCUUGUCUGUAACUGCAGUGUGGAAGCAUGCUUGGUCGAUCCCAGGCAGCGUCAUCUGGAAUGUAUUAGCGGGGGCUCUGUUUCAUCCUGUGCUGGCUACGCUGCUGCUAUCUGCAUUAACUACAUUGGGUUCAAUCUUUGCAACCCUUUUGUGUGUACCUUUAGCACCAUCUCUAUCCCGACUAUUCCCUCGUGCACUGCAAAUGACCCGUAUCGCUCUUGAGGGCGAAUCCAAUCUGUCUACCGGAAAAAAUUCAAGGUCGCCGACCUGGGCACGGUUGUCCGUCCUCCGCCUCGUUGGCGUGGUGCCUUGGUCGGGAAUUAACAUCGCUUGUGGUGUGUGCGGUGUUGCGAUCUCCGAUUGCCUCCUCGGUGCCUUCAUUGGGUGCCUCCCUUGGACGGCGGUCACUUGUCAGAUCGGUGAUAUCCUUCAAACCGUUGCAUCCACGACCUCGCCAUCCCAGCAAACAGUAUCGUCACUGCUGACCUCACCAGACAUUCUGGUCAAACUUGCCUUUUUGUCGUUUCUCUCACUGGCACCUAUCCUCGGACGCGAGCGGUUGCGUUCUUUGAUUUCGGCAUCUUCCUCACCACAAUCUAAUAGAUCAAGCAUCACUCAAGAGGAACGUGUCUCAAGAUGGACAUGGGUGCAAGAAUGGAAGGUUCGGUUAUCUUCGCACUCACGUACGCAACGUGAGGAACACCAGCUACUGGAAGCUCUCAUCCAAGAGAAGUCUAGUCUUCCUUGA